CGCGACAGGAAAUUUUAUCCCGGAAGUGCCCCGACUGCGGGUGGAGUAACACCGAAACUAAAUUUGACAGACUGACGAAUGUUUGCCAAAUUCUGCGGUCUGGCGGCUGUUCUUAGAACAGAUGAAGAAUUUCCCUAGCGGGUGAACGUAAACCGGAGGUUCUGGUGAACUUGUUUCGUUGUUUCGGGUGUAUUUACACGGAAACAAGCGCGGAAAUAUUUUCAGUUGUACCGUUAGUGCCCCCCUCCCCCUUAGUGCAAGUUAUUUUUGACAGCUGGCUUUCUCUUCAAGACGUCUGUCUGAGAAGGAGUCUGAAGCUUCCAUGAACAACGCGGGUGACCGUAGGGACAGUCUUCCCAAGGAGGCGCCCAUCACCGAGGUUUGCGUGGUGGAGAACAAGGAGAGAUGUCCACAAGGCUAUGUAGUGCUCAGUGAGACAGAAGAUGGGAAAGAUGGCGACCUCUGGACAGACAAGUUUUUCGGCAAAAAGGUUACACGAUACAUCUGCUUCAACAGAGCGUAUGCUAAUGGAGGUGGCAAUGUCCUUGCAGAUGUGGCCAUCCUGGGGGAGAGGGACAUCGUUCCAACAGGCUACUCACAGAUCAAUGCAACAGCAGACACAGGAGAAAUAGCACUGAAGAAAAGAAUUCUGUGUAUAAAGAUGCUUCCAAGGAACAUGACAGACUCGGCUAUUUGUGACAUUAAGUUGUUGGCAAAGACCAAGAGGCCACCGCCUGGGUUCACAUUUGUGGGGGAAGUGAACAGUAUCUCAGUGUCCUAUAAGAUGGGCCCUGUACAGAGAACAUCAGGUCCAGUCCGGCCCGCCCCAGGUCCUCCCCAGAUGACCAGACAGUCAUCCCAGCCCCUCUCACAGCAGCCAGUUCCUGCUAGUCCAUCUUACACUUCUGAUGUACAAAGACAAUACCAUACCCUUCCCGCUGACAUCCACAGACAGAGGGCAGACGUCAUCCCCCUCACCAGACAGAUGUCCACAGUCAAAAUAGCAACAGCUGUAGAUGGUAUCCCAUUUGAACUGAACAAAAAGCUAGGGGCAGACAGUAUCAAAGAUUUCUCCUUACCAGAAAUGCAAUAUCAAACAGAGCAAGAGAUUGAAAAUAAGUACAAGUAUGACUUCACAGCAGAAAGGACAGCAGCAGCCAGAAUUCCUCCAAACAUAUAAAAAAAAAAACUGCCUCAAAUGGACAUUUAUAAUAACAAAUCUUUGCAUGUGUGUGCUGAUAUGAUGUUUUUUGUUUUCAUCUACUGUAUUGUUGUUCUGGUCAGUGAAGUAUAAUUAUAAUUGCUCAGGAAGAAAUCAGAGUAAAAGUCAUGGGGUGUCAAUAUUUUCUUCUGGACUGCUAUUGUGUUCCUUUCAGAAAUAUGCAUAAUUAUGAUAUUUCUUUUGUCAAGACUUUCUUCUGAGUAGCCAGAGGCCUUUGUCCACGUAAUCGUUGAUGACUGAAUUUCUACUCUUUUCCUUGUCACUUGGGCAUCUAACAUAGAGUGGACAACAAAAGUCAGCCAUAGCUUUAACUAAUUAUGAUAUUUACAUAACAUGUAUGUGUUACUGAAGUCUGCAGAGUUAUAGGUUAUUCAGUUACUUGUACAUCACAGUGUUGCUUGACGUACAUUCUGUUAGUUAUUGGUAAUUUAUCAGAAAAGUUUAGGUUCUUUAACACCACUGUCUAAAUUGUUAUUUGGGGAUGCUGUUAGAAACUAGAUGCAAUAUUUUUAUAGAUAAAAUGUCUGCUCCAGCUUUUCUUGAUUGGACAGAGUUUGGGCCUCAGUCAAACAACAUGCUUAGGGAAGGUUGUGAGUGUAUACUGUAAAUUUAAAAAUGUUUGCAGUGAUUUAUUAAUUGUCAUGGUUUUUGUUGUGACACCAAAAUCAUGAUAUUGUGAGUAUGCAUUUCCAUUGUACUACUACUGUACAGCAGAAUUGUUCCAACUACAAACUGAAAACACG